AGCAGACGAACGUCUAAAAAAAUUCGAAAACAAAGCAACAAACGUUUCAUCGAGUCAUUAGUGGUUUCCUCAGGGAUUGUUCUAUUAGUAAGAUUACUUGCAAACAAUAAUUAAUUAACAACAACAACAUGGCACACAAUCAUGUUCAUGGACAUCACUGUGAAUGCAGCCAAGAAACCAAAACUGACGAUUUAGCUGUACUUUAUAAUUUGUACUCCAGAAUUGACCUGCAUAAUUUGGAAUGUCUGAAUGAAAGCAUAGAAAAUUCUGGGAAAAGCGUUUUUCGACCAUGGGAUGAACGUUUUGAUAGUGACAGAUUUGUUGAGAGUGAUGCAGAUGAAGAGCUGUUGUUUAAUAUUCCGUUCACAGGUAAUGUGAAAUUGAAAGGGCUGAUCAUUAUGGGAGGAGAUGAAGGAACACAUCCAUCAGUAGUUCGUUUAUUCAAGAACAGACCUCAUAUGACUUUUGAUGAGGCAGCUAGCCCUGCUGAUCAAGAGCUAAAUCUUGUAGAAGACUUUAAUGGGACUACAGAAUAUGCUACAAAGAUAGUUAAAUUUUCUUCUGUUUACCAUUUGACACUCCAUUUCCCUAAAAACCAUGGUGCAGACACAACAAAGAUCCUUUUCAUUGGCCUUAAGGGAGAUUGGUCAGAAGGCCACAGACAUGGAGUAACUCUAUGCACUUAUGAAGCCACCCCUUCAAUGGCAGAUCAUAAAGACAAAAUUAUUGAAACCACUAAUAUGGAUAUGUAGAUGGUUGCCUUAAUAUUUUUACGAUAAUUGUUUGAAGGGAAAAUUGUCAUUGCAAAAAUUUCGAGGAUUACCAUCGUACGUUUGAACUAAAUGGAAAAGUGUGUUGAUUCCAACGGAAAGGGUACGCGCUUAGAGUGGGAGUUUCUAUUUUGCACUUUCUCUGCGCGUUUACCCUCCGCCCAUUACCUGUGUCGUGUGAAUCGAUCACUUGGUUAUUCUGAUAGACUGAUACAAAUGUCUAAUCUCUAAAUUAAUUGUUCUUAUUUCAUUCAUUUUCUUUUUAGUGUGUUGUGCUACUGUUUUUGUAGUCUGGAAAUGAGAUGCAAUCAUUCAAAUCACAAUUUUUCCCGUCAUCACUUUAACUUUUCUUCCUGAUGAAGUAGUGACUGAUGAAUCAAGACGGUGGAUGCUGCACGCGGGUUCGCGCUUUCCAUAUCCACCCCCCCCACCCCCAUUUCUUUCUUACCUUUGCCAAAUUGCCAUGGCAGCCUAGCUACGCGCCAAGCAGACGAACUUUCCAGUUGAUUUCCAGUUAGUUCAAUUGUUUUAGUGCGCAAUAGUAGUUGGUCUUACAAGAGUUUGAGCUCGGACGAAUAAGUGGAGCAGUCGUCUUU